AAAAAAAAAAUGGUUGUUUGUAAAGUAGGUUUACGAUCGAGAUGUUUACGUGAUAACGUCUUAUUGGUGAUAUAAGUUUUGUUUGUUGCAAUUGUUGUAACACUUCACUUGCACUUCACAUUUUGUUUUACUGUUAGGCUCCCCGCACACUACAAACUUUUUAUCGGCCGAUAGUUUGGUCGGGCUUAUAAUCAGUAUGAAGAUGUAUGCAAGUCCGCAUACUACAACGAUUUUGUAUCGGCCGAUAAACAAGUUUGAUGGGCUACCCAACUGUGUUCAAACAAAACUAUCGGCCAACCAGGCCAACUAUCGGCCGACUGCGAUAUCAGUAUGGAGCUCGUCGCAAGCGCGCACACCUACCGAUUGUUUAGUCGGCCGACUUGAUCAAUUUAGUUCGCUCAGAGUAUUGGUGCAGUCGGCCGACUGUUGUCUAGUGUGCGCACUCACCACAAACCCAACUGUUUAGUUGGCGUAGUGUGCGCGCUCACAGCCCAACCCGAUCAAAAUAUCGGCCGAUAAAAAGUUUGUAGUGUGCGGGGAGCCUAAGGUUAUAACGAGAGGGGGGUAUACCUGCGAUCGGCCUCGAGAGGCCUCGUGACACAGUUUCUGAACCGGUCACCCGUAAAACGAUUUUAAAGACGUUAUCACGUCAAUAAAUACAUAUGAACAAAAUAUCGAAAUAUAUAAAAAUAUUAAAGAACACUCACUGUCAAUGUCGAAAUUACGUUAUUGACGUUGUCACAUAUCAGCAGACACUUGUAACAGACAGUCUUAAUUAUGAAGUAGAUUUAAUUCUGCAGCAAAGAUGGCGCGAUCCGCGGUUGGGGUACAAUUUGAUCGAUGAGAAGAACGACUAUUUGAAUGCUAUCUAUCAUUAUGGAGAUAUCUGGUUGCCCAACACGUAUUUCGUUAGCGAUGAUUCUGAAGAGUCAUCUCCUCAUGAUAACUUGGAAUUGACCAUUUCUCCUAAUGGAACUGUCAAUUAUCUCAUGGGACAACAUCUCAACUUAUCUUGCCUAGACAUCAUAAAUACAUUUCCGGUAGGCGAUCCGAUCUGCUCGUUCAAGAUGAAAAGCCAGAAUUAUCGCUGUCUGGAAAUAAACCUGAAGGUUGCUACAGAUAUAAAUUACUACAUCAACUUCUUUCUUCUUAUUAUCCUGGUAGAUAUAUCUUUCAUCACUUUUCUGGAUACAUUGGAAUGCUGUUCAUGCGAGAGUCUAAAGUGGUAA